AUGUCUGCACGCCAUUUGGCACUGCUGACUGCCGAUGCCUCCCUUGAAGUAACCGCCUAUCGACACCAGCAGGAUGGAAUUAAUCAGUUGCAAUGGCUCAUCCAGGAUCCCAUCCACGGGUAUUCAGAAAUUACUCUCGCCGUUGUCCUGAUGAUGCUGAUUUACUCGCGCCUCUUCGCAGAGGCCGAGGGAAUGUCUUCUGCUGUCAAUCAUCUACUGGGAGCCAAGGCUAUUAUCACGCGAGGUGCAGCGCAAGCACAGCGCAGCAUGUCAUCUACUAGACGGUUUCUCUUGAGUCUAUUUGCCUACCACGACAUCCUCACGUCGAUAUCGCGUGGUGCAAAGCCACUCAUGGAGUAUACGCCCGGCACCUCUGCUAUCGAAGACGCAGCAUCUCUCCACCGGAUCUCCAUCUCCCACAUCGAAUACACCGCACAUGCAUACCGCCACGCAGCCUUCGUAUAUCUCUACCGCGUCUGGCAGAACAUCGGCGCUCCGCACCCCACAACUCUGGACCAUGUCCAGCACUGUGUGGAAUUCCUCUCGCAGAUCCCCACUGACUCUCCUCUGGUGUCUGCCCAUGUGUGGCCGCUGUUUACUGCGGGCUACUUUUUCGUCGCGCAGGUUUCCCGCUUUACAGAUCUCAAGCGCGAUAUCGAGGAUGUGUGGCGGAUGAAGGAUGCGGAACAUGAGGCUUCGGGCCUGGAUGGGAUGUCGCGGGUGGAUUGUAUUCAGGUUAUUUUGAAGGGGCAUGGGAGGGAGGUUAAUCUAGCAUAG